AUGGGCAAUUACUUUGUGAUUGUGGACGUGAUUGUGGAUGUUAUGAUAACCUUCACCAUCAAACACACCACCACCACUACCACCUUACAGUAUUUGCAACGUUGCAUCUUCUCUAUAUCAACUAUGAAUUCGUUCAGGAACAUUUUCCAAAAGUCCAACGAUGACCGGAAGGCGUCGCUGAAGCACUCCAAAUCAAUGACAUACUCGCAAUACACACACUACCAUGGGCCGACUGACGCAAACGUCGACUCAUGCACAGACUUGCUGGACAAGUCUUCCUAUUCCCCUGAACCAACUGAGCGCGUCCCUCGACGUGGUUUCAAAGCGCUUUCUUUAAAUUCAAAGAACGUAAAGCAGAGACUGGCAGAACGUAUCCGCACCAAGUCCAAUGCUGGUCGCUCAAACAUCCCUCCUCCAUCCGCCCCUGCUCCCCCUCUUCCCAACCACCGCUACCUUCAUCGAGUACUCUCGCGCUCCGCAUACAAAUCACUCGUAAACAUUAGUGAAGUUGCGUCCCACGUCGCCGUCCAGACUCUGGCGCCAGCCCAUCCCAAAUACGAUGAGAUUUUGCAGGAGCAGGACCCUACUGUACUCCGUAGAAUGAUCAAUGAUCAUCCCUUGUCGCCUGUUUGCAGCGAACCCUUCUCAGAACAUAUGCAUCCCAUGCAUUUUGACAUGGACGAGCCGCAGCUCGGGCGUCCCAAGACACUUCAAUUCUACAUCAACGAGGCAUUGGCCCAAGGCCGUCCCUUGGAUGUACGCGCAGGUGGCCGUUACCGCCGUAUCGUUGACGCGCAUGACCCGAUGGACAUCGUUUCGGAGACUGGAUCUGAUUGGGAUGAGCAGAGUGGAGAGUAG